AUGUCUGACGUCGCUGACACGAAGCCUGACCCCACCAUCGCCGCUCCUGAGGCUCAGAAGGCCAAGGAGACGACCCCUGCCAACACUGAAGAAACCAAGACAGAGGAGGCUCCGAAACCCAUGGAGGAGAAGUCCGUGACUGAAUCCGCAGUCGACACGGCUAAAGACACCGCCACCAAGACCACCGACAGCGUCUUCUCCAUGUUCGGCGGCGGCCCCAAAAAGGAAAAGAAGGAGGAGCCUGAAGAUGACAAGAAUGAGCCUUCUGGUUCAUCAAAGGCCCAAAAGGCUAAUGACGAGGACGAAGCACCAGAGUCCCCGGAAGUUCAUUUCGAGCCCGUCAUUCGCCUGACGGAGAAGGUGGAGACCAAAACCAACGAAGAGCUUGAGGAGCAGAUGUUCAAGAUGCGUGCCAAGCUGUUCCGAUUCGACCGUGACAGCAAGGAGUGGAAGGAGCGUGGUACCGGAGAUGUUAGGCUGCUUAAGCAUAAGGAGAACCAGAAGACUCGCCUAGUCAUGCGCAGAGACAAGACCCUUAAAGUCUGCGCUAACCACUACGUUGUUCCCGACAUGGAGUUGAAGCCCAACGUUGGCAGUGAUCGCAGCUGGGUUUGGAACGCCACCGCCGAUGUCAGCGAGGGUGAGCCAGAAGCGCAGACAUUUGCCAUCCGUUUUGCCAACAGCGAAAACGCCAACCUAUUCAAAGAGUCUUUCGAGAAGGCUCAGCAGGAGAAUGAGAAGAUCCUUUCUCAGCAGUAA